AUGUCAACACUCUUUGGCGGAAGCCAACCCCAGGCAAACACCUCUCUCUUUGGUAAUGCCACCAAUGCCACCAAACCAUCGCCCUUUGGCGCGCCAGCAGCUACAGGUCAGACUGGGUCUUUGUUUGGCGGAACACAGAACCAAGCAUCGACAGGAGCUGGAUUUGGCGCAGGUGCUACUCAGCAACAACCUGGAUCACUGUUCGGCCAACAACCUCAGCAGCAGCAAGCCACUGGUGGUUUAUUUAGCGGCAACCAAGCGCAAAGCAGCAUGUUUGGUGGUCAACAGCAGCAGGCGCAGCAGCAGCAGCAGCAGCAGCAACAGCAACAGCAACAGCAACAGCAACCACAGCAAUCCCAAUUCGGCCAGACUACUAUGGCGACACCACAAACUCAACAGCAGCAGCCAUCCCUCUCCUCUAGUCUUUGGUCUCCCGGCCGUGCGAUAACCGGAGUCCACCGAACGGUGCCGAUGCAAGUCGCCAUCAUCAAAGAUAAAUGGGACCCUCCGAGCUCAUCUUCGCCAUUCCGCGCUUACCUGUAUAACAACGUCGGCGAGGAGGCCGCACCUUUCUACCAACCUGGUCCGGAGGACGAUGAAUCUAAAUGGGAGGAGGCUUUGCGCAAGAGACCGGGCCCAGGAUAUGUCCCGGUGCUAGUCAAGGGCUUCUGGGAUCUCGGAAAGCGCGCCCAACGACAACGGGAUUUCCUUACUAUGAUGCAGUCCCGCCUGCAUGAAAUCAAUAAUUGCCUGACUGGACUUCUCUCGAAGCACGACCUCAACAUUUCUGUCAAGAUCGCCGACUGCCGCCGAAAGCAUAUCAUUCUGAGCAAGCGGUGCCUCGCCCUUGCCGCCAAGACACAGAUUCUCCGCAACCGAGGCUAUGCCAUGGAUGAAGCAGAGGAGGAGCUGAAGAAGAAGCUGUUCGAGCUGGAACGUCACGUCUUCGACCCAUCUCUCAACGGCCGCGCCGAAGAAAUCUGGGCUCGUAUGCUGGCUAUUCAUGAGCAUUCCAAGCGACUGCAGGUCGAACUGGAUCGCGCUGGUGUGAACGUGGCGCAAGCGGAGGACGAUAUCGAUGAGCAGACAUUGAAGACAGCAAAGAAGAUUUUGGAUGACUAUCACUCUCAGAUCCAGCAUCUGCAGAAAGAGAUGGAAUCCAUCAAAUCCGACUUCGACGAGACGGAGAAGGCCCUUCGACACUAA